AUCAGACAUCUAGCCUUAUGUAUAUGAUAUCUACACCUAUGAGAACGCAGCUCAUGCGUGGUUGCUGAUACAAACAAUCUCCAAUGAAUCCAAAUAUUAGACGGACACUACCGCCGUCCGUGAGGAGUCUUCUGACAGACAUCGGUCCAAAGGACGAGUGUCUCAAUGAGGAAGAUGAGGCAUCGGCGGCAGUCUGCAGGGAUGGAAUACUGCUUCCUGGAAGAAGGCAUGAGGAAUUCAUCACUCAGGCUGACGGGAAGAACUCAAAAGUGUGCAUGCUGUGCAACUGCCAACCUGCGUGCUACACUUGCCCUCGGUGCAACUUGCAUUACUGCGGCGUGGCUUGCUACCGCAGCCCGGAUCACACUUUCUGCUCAGAGGAGUUCUACAAAGAGUCCGUCCUUGAGGAGUUGAAGAACAUGGGGGAAACAGACCUAGAGGGCAGGAAAAAAAUGCAGGACAUUUUACUCGGACUGAGACAAAAGGCGCAAUUGACAAACGGAGGAAUGAAAAGCGUAUUAACAGAAAUUGGGAUAGAGCAACAAAACUCAGUGGAGGCAAUGGAUCUCCUGUCCAGAUUGGCUGAACUUCAGGAGUCGGAAGCAGAUCAUGGGGAAGAGAUCGAGGACAUAUUGAGAACACUGGAAGAGCUCGGAGGCCAGGAAGCAGAUGAUGAGUCUUCGGAAAGCGUGGCUCAGAAUCUGUCCGAGCUUGAUCUUGACAAGUUAUCCGAAGAGGAGCUGUGGGCGCUCCUUGACAGCCGGGAGAAGGAGAAGUUUACCGGUCUGUUAAAGGGUGAUGCGCUUGGCGUGUUGAUCCCUGUGUGGAAGCCGUGGUGGGAGGAACAUGACAAAACAGGGAGAGCGCUUGUGGAGGUGCUGGAGGAGGAGGUUCAGAAUCCAGACCAAAAAGUCCAAAAUCCUCAAAGCAAGAAUAAAAUACGUAGCAACGCUGUCUCCGGUGUGCCUGUGAUUUCUGCUAAAAUCCCAAAACUGAGCUCUUUAUGUAGAAACCCAUCUCCUUUGGUCUGCUACGGCAUCAUUAACACUCUUUAUUGCUAUACUUUCACGUUGCAGCUCUUCAAUGGUGAUCCUGAUUCACUCCUGUUCGAGUUCUGUGACAUGAUGCUAACAUUGUCUGAGGCCCUGAGUGCUAGCAAGGUUUUUAAUUCUGUUCAAGAGGCCAUACGCAGUGGAGAGACUCUCAUCUUAGAAGGAGGUUAUCUUAAAUUACAAGAAUCCCGUGGCACAGACUUGGCCGUUGAAGCUGCUGCUCACGUCCUGACGGGUAGAGACAAAGAAGAUGCCACAGGGUAUAUGAUGUCUGCCUUGAGUCAGACUCGUUCGGUGUUCUCCCGAGCUAGAACUGCACUCUCGAAGGAGGGUGAAGAAGGCGCAAAGAGGCAAAAAUACUUUCAGGCCUCCAAGAAGUGUGAAUUCUUUCAAGCUUGGUUGCUGGAUCAUUCACAUCGCUGUCGAGAGCUGGCUUUGGAGAUGUGGAACGAGCACAGUCGACGAGUGGGUGAAAGAAAAAGUAUGGAGAAAAGUAAGAAGCUAGUUGAGGAAAGAUUAAAAAAAGGGAAGAAGAUAAAUAGUACACUGAUCCAGGAAAUAAAUUGAAAGUUGUUAUAAAAUGUUUAUAAAGUAAAGUGUCAAUAUUCAGAACAUUUUGGAAAAAAAAUCUUUUACAUUGGAAUAAAGUCAGCCAACAAUUUAUGUUUGUUUUGUUCCUUAUUUUUUGACAAUUACCGUAAUUUUCGGACUAUAAGCCGCUACUUUUUUCAUUAAUCUUGAACCCUGCGGCUAAUAGUUCGGUGCGGCUUAUUUGUUGAUUUAUUUGGGUUAAUACUUCACACUUUAUUUGACAGUGGCGUCAUAAAACCAUCAUAAUUAUGACACUAUCGUGGGCAUUACUGAACGCUUAUGACAGAUGUCAUUAAGUGUUAUCCGGCAAAUUAUUUUACUGACUCCAUUUAUGUCCAGCUCGGAUUGUUUACAUUAGUGAUGCACGAUAAUACAUUUUUCAACCGAUACCGAUAAUUUCCUCCUCAUUCCAACCGAUAACCGAUAAUGUCAAGCCGAUAAUUCUAUUAAAAGAUUUAUGUAAAAUUUUAAAGUAUACACAAAAGAAAAUAUUACUGUGCAAAAAAUAUAAUUUAUUGCUCUUUUUUUUCAACAUAAAAUAUGAACAAGUUGUCAAUUCAAACAUCUAAAUAAUGACAGAUUGUCUGACAUUGUGUAAUUGUAAACUUUUGGCAACAAUUACUUAAAUACCUAAGUUGCACAAAAAUGUCUUUAAAAGUAAGCCAUUCCUAACAUAUAUAACAUUAAUACACUGCAAAACACACUUAAAACUAGUCAGUUUUAAGUGUAAAUCUAUUGGCAAUAAGUGAAAUUAUCUGCCAUCGCUUCAAGUGUAUUUCAGAUUUCUUGGAAGAAAAAUAGCUAGCUGAAAAUAAUCUUAACAGCCUUGUUUUAAGCAAUACAUUAUUAUACUUAAUCCUAAAAAAAAAAAAAAAAAACUUGGAAGAAGGAAAGAUCUUGAAUAAUAUUUGUGGCUACAGAAUGUUGAUUUAAGAAUUUGAUUAUCUACAGUGACUGUAAUUGAUCAGAGAAAUAAGUUAAAUUAUUUGAAAAGUGAUUGCUAAUGUUAUAUGCUUUGUUGCACACUGUGAAAAUGAUUAACUCAAAAGAGCGAGAUGUCAUGUACCCAUUCUGCAGUGCUUUGUUUACAUUUGCGGCUUUCACGACAUUUGCUUUACAGCAGCUAAACUGAUACACAAAAGUACUAUUUGGACGGAGUUGGAGCUAGCAUCCGCGUGCGUGUUGUUUUGUCCGAAAAUAAAGGCAGUGUUAUAAAGUCAUCUGACCGCUCGUCAUUUUACAUACUGAAUGCAUUAUUGACUGGCUGACUUCGUUUUCUCCAUGUUUAAAUUAUCAUCUAACCACUGUGCUGUCAUGAUAAGCUUGCUUACUGGACAUCACUUUUUCAUGAAGAAUGGUGGUCGUAUAAACUGCAUUAUUUUUUUAUCCAGGGCUUUGGUUCUCGGGUCAUUUAGGUAAAAAAAAAAAAAAAAAACGUGUCUCGUCUCGGCGGCAGCUACGUUCGUAC